AUGCCGUCUACUUACGAGAAAGAGGCCCGAAUCGCUUUACUUGCGGUACAACGAGCGGCAAUCCUCACCAAGACCGUCCUGGCAGCUGUUGACAAGGGAGCUCAUUCCAAAGAGGACAGCAGUCCAGUCACGAUUGCUGAUUUCGGCGCUCAAGCUCUUCUCAUCAGUGCGAUACACCAUAACUUCCCUGACGAUGGCUUCAUCGGCGAGGAAUCAGCCGACGCCCUCAGAGACGACCAAGAACUCUGCGACAGAGUAUGGGACCUGGUCAGAUCGACGCAUCUGGAGGGAGGCACGGACGGCGAACAGUUGCUGGGCAAAUUGCAGUCGAAGGGAGACAUGCUGGGCGCGAUUGAUCGUGGAUGCGGCGCAGGAGUACAGACAGGAGGACGCGUUUGGAUGCUUGACCCGAUCGAUGGCACCAAGGCCUUCAUGGAAGGAAGCCAGUACGCGGUUGCUCUGGCGCUCAUAGAGAAAGAGCAACAGCGCGUCGGAGUCCUGGGCUGUCCGAAUCUGAAGCUCGAGCAGGGAGGAGGAGGAGGAGGAGGAGGAGGAGGAGGAGGAGGAGGAGGAGGAGGAGGAGGAGGAGGAGGAGGAGGAGGAGGAGGAGGAGAAGUGAGCGAUUCUAGGGCAGUCAAAGACGGCUUGGGGGUCAUGCUUUCCGCCGUCCGCGGCCAAGGUGCGUACAUGAGGAUCCUGUCGAGAGGUCAACUGUCGGCUGCACGCAAGAUUGAAAAGCCGCGACGGACUGGAGGAGCGAUUCGUUUUGUUGAGUCUACACAAAGCCGAUCCGGUGACCUCGAACGGCAUCGGAUGGUCGCUGCUCAGCUUGGGUCAAGCUGGCCUGGGACAGAAGUCUUCGCUCUGCAGAUGCGCUACGUAGCGAUCGCCGCCGGUCACUGCGACGUGAUGAUCCGAAUCCCGCGGGACAGGGGCUAUCGUGAGCCCGUCUGGGACCACGCUGGCGGCGCCUUGAUCUUGGAAGAAUCGGGUGGUAGAGUUACCGACCUUGAUGGGAACCCGAUCGACUUCGGUGCCGGGAGACGACUGCACAAGAACCACGGAUUGAUUGCAGCGCUUAACGACGUCCACGCACAAGUACUGGAAGCGGUACAACACGUGUUGAGACAAGGUCAUCAGUGA